AUGACUCCAACCCGGCAGCCGACGGUCCCAUCGAAGAAGACAACCCAGGAGUCUUUUCACGGUGCAUCUACUCGACGCGCCUACACCACGUAUCAAAAACAAUUCGAGAUGUUUCUGCAAACACAGAAAGGCGGCAUUGACCCUACCACGUCUGGGACUGAGGAGUGUACAGACUUCUUUCACUACCUGUACAGCCAGGGCAAGAAGGCGAGGACCAUCGACUUGGCCAAGUCAGCCCUUGUUGCCUACUUCAACGCCAGACGAGUGGCGCCGAACCCAGCACAGGACACAACUGCGCGCCACUACAUCGUUGGCCUUCAGAAGUACAACAAGCAGAACAAUGUGGACGAGGAAAAGAAGGCGCACCCGCUCACCGUGCAGGAGCUCUCAACACUUGUCAACGCAUUGGCCAAUCUGCACCCGUUCUUGGGCUCGAUGCUGCGAUUUCUCUUGGCUGUGAGCUUUCUCGGUUGCUUCCGCAUGAGUGAAGUACUUGCCCUACGGUGGAAUGAUGUGCAAAUCGUGUCGGAUCAAAUCGGAAGGUACCUAUCGGUACGACUGCGGUGGCACAAGAAGGCCGGUGUCGAGGAAGACUGUCAAGUGUAUCACCUUGUUGACGAAACUUCAUUCCCAUGCCUUCUCGUGUGUGGCUUCCACGACGACUAUACUGCCAAGCUGCGGGCUUACUGUGUGAACUUGACAAGCACCGCCUUUGUGUUUCCAAAUGUUGUAAUGCAGCACAAUGGGGUGCCAAGGGUUGAGUGGUACCGUGGCCUGGAGCAAGCCAAUUUGCGCAAGUGGUUGGCCUUCGCCGUGGGGGGGUCGUUUUACCGUGUGUUCGAAUCAAGGGAGCGCCGCUUCAAUUUCCGUGAGCUCAUGGCGUGGUGUCGUUGGACGGACGCAAAGACCUGUUGUGAGUACCUCGUGACUCAGAGCAUUAGCAAUGACAUCGAUCCUCGUAACCUGUUUCGUACCCCCAAGUUUCAGCAUUCGACGCAGUGGCCAGAGCUUGGGGCUGUUGGCUUGCCGUUCACCGUGGAUGCUGUUGGGCAGGCGUUGGCAAAGGCCUUGCAAGAGCACACUGUGGGCAGACAUGCACCUACGAAA